GAGCUGGGCUCGGGGGAAGGGGAUUGGGGGGCCGGGCCGCGGGAGGCGGGCGCCCACGCAGCAGCCAGCAGAGGGCUCGCUCCGCUCCGCUCCGCUCCUCCCGCCCCCUAGCUGCUCCGCGGCGCCGCUGCCAGCAGCACCCGCCCGGGCCGGCGGAGGAACGGGGCGGCCCAGUUCGGGCGGCCGGGCUCGCUGUGGCUGCGGCCCGGGCCGGCGCCGAGGAUGCCGCUGGGGCUGAAGCCCACGUGCAGCGUGUGCCGCAGCACCUCCUCCUCCAUGUGGAAGAAGGGCGGCCAGGGCGAGAUCCUCUGCAACAACUGCACGGGCCGCGCCGGGCCGCCCGGGCCCGGGCCCUUCGCCACCACCUCGGCCGCCGCCCAGCACAGCAACGGGGGCGGGGGCGGCGGCGGCGGCGGCAAGCAGAGCAAACAGGAGAUCCACAGGAGGUCAGCUCGGCUGAGAAACACAAAAUACAAAUCUGCUCCGGCUGCGGAAAAGAAAGUUUCCACUAAAGGCAAAGGGAGAAGACAUAUUUUCAAGUUAAAAAAUCCCAUCAAGGCUCCUGAGUCUGUAUCCACUAUAAUUACAGCAGAAUCCAUCUUUCAUAAGGGAGUGUACUAUCAAAUUGGAGAUGUUGUUUCAGUGGUUGAUGAGCAGGAUGGAAAAACAUACUAUGCUCAGAUUAGGGGGUUUAUUCAGGACCAAUACUGUGAAAAGAGUGCAGCUUUAACAUGGCUCAUUCCUACCGUAGCCAGUCCCAAAGACUGUUUUGACCCUGCAUCCUAUAUCAUAGGACCAGAAGAAGAUCUUCCAAGGAAAAUGGAAUACUUAGAAUUUGUUUGUCAUGCACCUUCAGAAUAUUUCAAAUCUCGAUCGUCUCCCUUCCCCACAGUUCCUACUAGACCAGAAAAAGGCUAUAUCUGGACUCAUGUCGGACCUACUCCUGCAAUCUCCAUCAAGGAAACUGUUACCAACAAUUUAUAAUCUUUGUUAGAGUACCAUUUAAAAGUAUAUUAGGUGUAUUCUCAGCCUCCAUCUGUACAUCUAUUACAAUAAUUUUUUUUCUAAACUGUUUGGUUGGCCAUAUGGAUUAUGGUGGUGGUGAUUUUUUUAAAAUUUCUGACUUUUGAAAGAAAAUUUUCUUAUUUGAUGCUUCUGUUCCCUCCCUUGCUCCAAUUAAAGCCACUUGUUUUGUCACCGUU